AUGGCUCUUAUACAACUUGGAUUUCAGAUUAUAUUCAUUUUCAUCCCUUUGGCGCUCGGUGUGGCAUUGAACGGUGCUGGCGGCUCGGUGGUCGGGCUAACCUACAGGGACGACUUCGACUUCGAGCAACGCUACCGGCGCGUGCACGACUGCGAUCCCUUCUACUGGCACCCGCUCCACCUGCCCGAGGAGUGCGCGGACAUGUACGAAAAACUUAUCCGCAAUAGGCUUCCUGUACGCCUCCCGAAGCGAACCGAUCACCUGUACCGACCCAUGCACAUCUCUCCUGGCAUACAAAGCUCGGGACCAUUACCUUAUCAAUAUUCGUCUAAUCCGGUUUACCAAACGAUAAUCGGAAUAGAAGAGGAAACCGUCCCCCGCGAGUUAACACCAUAUGAAGAAAUGUUAGAAUCCGUUCAGAAGGAUGUCAAUAACUUCCCUAGUGUUCCAUCAGUAAGGGACAUGCCAAACUUUGGUCCGGUAGCAGUAUAUCAACAGCCAGUGUCACAAAUCAGCGCGGAUAUGAUAAAGAAGGUUGCAAUGACUUAUAUUCAAUCAUCCGAUGACAAAGAUAGAAAAAGAAAACGCCACCGUAGCGGAAAAAGUGGAAGAAAGUGGAAGGAACUUGUAGGCAAAGUCCGUCGCCAUGAACGAAGCGGCUGGAAGAAAAUAAACAAUGGAGAUAUUGUUAGCAUUUCGAAACCUUAG